AUGAGAUCUGGGAAGUGGGAAACCAACAGAGACGCCAGUUGUUUAUCAGAUUCAAAAUACAACGGGCAAGACUUCUUUCAGACCUGGACAACCUUCAAAGAGGAUUUUCUAUUUUUGUUUCUUCUACACUUCCCUCCAACACCUGGACCUGUCCCAACACCUGGACCUGUCCCAACACCUGUCCCAACACCUGGACCUGUCCCAACACCUGGACCUGUCACAACACCUGGACCUGUCCCAACACCUGGACCUGUCCCAACACCUCGACCAGUCCCAACACCUGGACCUGUCACAACACCUGGACCUGUCACAACACCUGGACCUGUCCCAACACCUGGACCUGUCCCAACACCUGGACCUGUCACAACACCUGGACCUGUCACAACACCUGGACCUGUCCCAACACCUGGACCUGUCCCAACACCUGGACCAGUCCCAACACCUGUCCCAACACCUGGACCUGCCCCAACACCUGGACCUGUAUCAACACCUGGACCUGUCACAACACCUGGACCUGUCCCAACACCUGUCCCAACACCUGGACCUGUCCCAACACCUGGACCUGUCCCAACACCUGGACCUGCCCCAACACCUGGACCUGUAUCAACACCUGGACCUGUCACAACACCUCGACCUGUCCCAACACCUGGACCUGUCCCAACACCUGGACCUGUCCCAACACCUGGACCUGUCACAGCACCUGUCCCAGCACCUGGAUGA